AUGCGAGAGCGGGAGCGGCGGUCCUCCUCCGCGUGGGGACUCGCCACUGCUGGGCGCCAAAAUGGUAGCAGCAGUUCCUACCUCAGCUUCGAACGGAUCCUCGAUCCGAAACGGGGUAUUCUCUAUUUGCUUGAUAGCCCUUUGCAUCGUAUCCUAUACACUACUUUUACUUCUUUUCUCAAGCCCUCGCUUUACCACCUCGAAUCACUCAUCUACGUUGACCGCCCUUCGAAGAUCACGCCCGCUGUGGCCAUCGGUCUCAUUGCCGCACUGCUCGCGGGCGCUACCUCCGCCUUCACCACUCGAUGCGUUGAGCAGUCGCUCUGGUUGCGGCUCGUUCCCCGCGAUGUCAAAAAGCCUCUCACGGUAGGCGAGACGAACCGACUCGCACAAUGGACCGUGUCACCGCUUGAAAGGGUCAAGUAUAUCCUCUCCGGCCAGUCCUGGCUCUUGAAACUCAGCGGACCUCUCCUCCUGGCUACAGCAAUUACCGCCCCCAUUCUCCUUGCAGGCGUCUCGCAGACAUCCCUAGUCGACGUCGUGCGGUCCACCGAGCCUCACACCGAGGGUGUCUGGACACCAUAUAUCAACCUCGCCAAUAGGGUUUCCCGAGGUGGGAGCGCCAAGGACCUUGUGUUCAACAUCGCCCUUGAAGCGUCUCUCAACAAUUUCACCGCCCCGGUUGCGCCCGUGUGUGAUCAAGAAGCGUGUCGCGUGACGACCAGAUCCGCCGCGCUGUUCGCCACGUGUACGCCGCGAACAAUUGACAACCCUCGAGGAAUGGGACUCACCGUCUGCAGCGAUCGCCGGUCUGUCGGCGCCGCCGAUUACUGCAGCGAGCUCGUUCCCUCUUUGUGCGCCAACCUCACGUGCGUCCCUCUCCUUGACCGCGACAGUUUCGAGAGGUCCGAGUAUCUCCUUAGCGACUAUACCGAGCCUAUAAGUAAUGUUCGCACCUUCACCUGGGCGGAUAAUGUCGGGAACAACGCCUUCAGCUUCACCCUCCGCGUCGUCGGCACUGGUUGGAAUGAUAUUUAUUUGAAUACCAUUGCCUACGGUCUGCUCGGCUACGACGCAGCGAACAGCGCUGAAUCUACGGCCCGUCGCAUCGAGGGUGCUUUUGACUUUGCGACCUUGGGUGCCUUUGCGCGAACGCCUAGCGCGAGUGAUAUGGUCAUAACCCUACAGUCGGAUACUAGGAUGUACGUCUAUAACAAACUCGUCUUGCUCAUUCUCCUAGUGCCUCUGAUCGCGACCGUAGCGGGAACUUGGGGCCGGUGGAUGGUGGGAUCCGAUGAGGACGUGUUAGGCUACAGCCCGCUCGCCAUCGCAAUAAACUAUACGAAAGCGUCAAAGGUUCCCCAGCGCAGUCCACCUGAAAAACAAAAGCGAGACCGAAUAGGCCAAGCGCGGCCGCCAUACGGGGAGGACGGAAGUGGAGCUCACGCCUCUCGGCAUCCAACAAAUUGUUGCUACCGCGAACGAGACGGUCGGCCCGGCAAGCUCCUGAACCCGGCGCGGCUUAUGCACGCCUUUGUGAGUCCGCGAAAGCGAGCUAGGCAGACUUUCGAUUAUCUUUUAGGCACGGGGAACAGUGCCAGCUCCCCGAUCCCGGCCGAAAAAGUCACCAUGAUUGAACAGAUUGCCGAGUGGGACUAUGGAAACUAUGAGGGCAUGAAGGCGCCCGAAAAUGAAGCGUUGCGGGCGGAAAGCAAAGGGACUCGAUGCACAGAGGAACUAGAGCCUAAGCUAACUUGGAUCAACAUGAUGGCGCGCGCUGCAAUGGCUGGGCUCGCUCAAGAACCGGAAAAGAGCACCCGCGCUCGCCCUCAUGUGAGCAUGAGCACGAGGCAGAUGCUCAUCAAUUUUGUCCCACCCGAGCCUCUUCAAGAUUCCGAGGCCAAGAAGGCAGCACGCGCUGAGAGGGACAGGGUUCGAAAGCAUGUUCACCAGGUCAAGGCAUGGAAUUUCCUGUCUCAGGUGGACUCGUUGAAGAACGGCCCUACGGAAGACAUGUUGAAAGGUUUCAGCGAAAUCGUCGCUGGUGACUUGGAAUGGCGAGGUGGAGUAGCGCAACAGGAUCUCGACUUUUGGACACUGGCGAAGGCGGAUAUGCCCUACUCUAUGUUCGACAGGGUCCUGGGAGAUAUAGACUUGAGGAAUCGAAAGCUUCCGCAGGAUAUGUCUGUCCUCGACCAGUCGAUCUCUCGGCAUCCGACUUUCAAAGAUGCCUUGCUGAUGAUCUCACAUUUUCGCGCAUUCCAUAGGGACGAUGCGGAUGCAGAGAACGUUACAGAAAACCCAGAGUGCCUUCCGGGGUUGGCCGUCCAGCUGAAAAGCGAGCAAAAGAAGACUUGGCAGCGGGGCGAGGCUGUCAAUAUGGUGCGUCAGUACCUCCGCAGCAUCGAAGAGCUACGUGCGAUAGGCGGUAUCACGGCACGCAAGCUCGACUUGAUGGGGAAUCUCCUGAAGGACUGCGAGAGAAUUGAACAAGAAUAUAAUGAUUCCGGGGCGUAUGCCAACGAAGAUCCCGAAUCGGAGCCCAUGUCGGAUCGCGUGGUUUGGGCCAUUGCCCAACUUACCGAAGCCGACUCGAGUUUCAAAUCCCUCCUGGAGCAUUACGAGACAGCGCUUAACGAGUUCUUUUUAUUAGGGACGGUCGAGCAAAAUGAGCUUGCCAUCGUGGCAGACCACCAAAACAAGGCGGUUAUGCUUUUCACCAUCGUUACCAUCAUAUUCCUUCCUCUCUCAUUUUUUACUUCAUAUUUUGGCAUGAACUUGCAAGGCAUAGCAGAAGCCGAGCGCGACGAGAAGUACUUCUGGUUGUCAUGUGGCCUUGCUGGAUUCGCCAUCGUGGCGGUGCUGUUCUUGUACGCGUUCCAACAGACAUCGUUUGGCGACCCUCCUCUCGUCGCUGGUGUUUACUUGCUCAUCCCCAAUGGUAGCGACUUGAGUGCGACACAAUUAUUCUAG